AUGCGGAUUAAGGAUCUACAACCCUCUGCUGGGGACAAUAUCGUAAUACUAAUCCAUUUCAAUGAUUUUUUGUGAUGGGAUUAUUGCUUUUGCUUUGCACUGCCCCAACUCCCUGGACAAUAAAUUGACCCAGACGCCACUGGUCUCGCUGAGAUAAAUUUCUGAUACGAGAAGAGCUCAUCUGUGGAAUACGACAAGGAACCACUGAUGGAAGCUCGAAAUCCUCAACAUGGACAAAUUAUUGAAAUAAACGUUGAUGUUCCUGAUGGGGGAAGCACCGUUGGGAGAAGUAGGAUAUGUGGAGAAGCACCUUGUGGAUUCUCAGAUGGUGGAGCUAAUUCCAAAGACGCCAAAGAACGAUCAGCUUCCAUGCGCAAGCUCUUGAUUGCAGUAGCACUUUGUGUACUCUUCAUGAGUGCUGAAGUAGCUGGUGGCAUCAAAGCCAACAGUCUUGCCAUAUUGACUGAUGCUGCGCAUUUGCUUUCAGAUGUUGCAGCCUUUGCUAUCUCCUUGUUCUCCUUGUGGGCAGCUGGGUGGGAAGCCACACCCCGUCAGUCGUAUGGAUUUUUUAGGGUUGAGAUCCUCGGUGCAUUGGUUUCCAUGCAGCUCAUAUGGCUGAUUACAGGGAUUUUGGUAUAUGAAGCCAUUGUUAGGCUCAUUCAUGAUACAGGUGAUGUAAAUGGCUUUCUGAUGUUUAUAGUUGCUGCUUUUGGUCUGGUGGUGAAUAUCAUCAUGGCUCUUUUAUUGGGCCAUGAUCACGGGCAUGGUCAUGAUCAUGCGCAUGGCCAUGAUGAUCACAAUCAUGGAAUUGGCCACAUCCAUGGGGAGAAAAAUAACUCUCACCGUCACCACCACCACCACCAUCAGCAUGAGGAGCACACAAAAGAUAAACACCAUCAUCACGAGGAGCACUCAAAAGAUGAGCACCAUCCUGUGUCUGAAGAUAACACUGUGCCCUUACUGGAUAAAGGGAAAGACAAACAUGGCAAAAUUCAGCGAAACAUAAAUGUACAAGGGGCUUAUCUCCAUGUACUUGGGGAUUCCAUUCAGAGUAUUGGGGUGAUGAUUGGAGGUGCAGUCAUAUGGUAUAAGCCUGAGUGGAAGAUAGUUGAUCUGAUCUGCACUCUAAUUUUUUCAGUUAUAGUUUUAGGUACAACAAUCAAAAUGCUGCGAAGCAUACUUGAAGUCCUGAUGGAAAGCACUCCAAGAGAGAUAGAUGCAACAAAGCUAGAGAAGGGGCUGUUGGAGAUGGAGGAAGUGGUGGCCAUUCACGAGCUGCAUAUAUGGGCCAUUACAGUGGGUAAAGUUCUCUUGGCUUGUCAUGUUAAAAUCAGACCAGAAGCAAAUGCAGACAUGGUUUUGGACAAUGUAAUAAACUACAUCAGAAGGGAAUAUAAUAUUAGUCAUGUUACCAUCCAGAUCGAGCGUUAGUGGAGGAAAUAGAUCGUCUCAUUUUAUCUGAGGCCUCUUGUUUCUGAAACUUCCAAUUUCCUAUAUCUCAUAGUAAUAGCUUCCAUUAUGUUGAACUUUAGAAUUGAUACCUGCUGCUUGUUUAUGUAAUAUCUUUAUUUUGCAAUUAUAAAAUUCAACUGUUGAGUUCCUUGAA